GACAGUUUAUUUUUACCAGUCAGUCGAUGUAGUGUUUGUUCUGCGGCUUCUUACUAUCGAGAGUGUGAAUUAUUGAAAAGAAAACAACAAGAGAAAUCAGUGAAAUCAAAAUGAGUGGCUUCAAUGUUGACACAAAUGGGAUAGCUAGUGGAAUUGCGAACAAUAAAUCAUUACCACAAUCACCAGCUAGCAUGGGUUCAUCGGAAAGUGAAACGCUAAGCAUUAGCGAUGAACAAACUUCAAACUCAAUCAGCCGGUCGGUUGUGAAAUCCAGCCGAAAAUCAUCAAAAACUGACUCGGAAAAAGAACGACCACCGUGGCGGACAGUUGUUAUAGCACCACCACAAAAGGUCAAUAAGAAUGCUUUAUUAAAAGCAAAAAUCUUGGACGCCACACGACGAGCUCUGUUAGCGCAAAAAAUCAAUCAUGUUGGCUCACAGACCGACGCAUAUACAACGUUGUUGCGUGAAAAGGCAAUUGGAGUACAAAAAGAUCUAAUCAAAAUGAUUGACAAAUGUGAAGAUACAGACGGUACGAUUACCAUUCGAAAAGAUCGACCAGGUGGAAUGAUAAUCACACAGACUGUUGGUCAAAUGACAGAAAGGGUACCAUCAAAUACAAUUGCAACACAAACACCGCUUCCAAGGACAUAUUUAUCAUUUGCAUCGUUGGCAACCAAAACGAAAUCACCAUUAGACUACAAACGAUCAUCGCCAUUCGAACGACAAAUGUUGGAAAAUGAAUUGCUACUACAAACUCAGCAAAAUGCAUUGAAAACCGUCGAUUCAAAAUUAAAUGAAAAAUAUCCGACCGAACGUGAAACUCAAAAUGAAAACGAACUUUUCAAACAAUCGGAACAACAUUCGGGAAGUUCAUCCUAUGAACAAGUAACUCCACAAGAUAUUCAACAAGAUGAAAAUUCACAAAGUCUAUCAUCAUCGGCUCCUGACACUUCAACGCAACCGAAUAAAAUUGAUAAAGUUGCAAUGAAAAUGCAAGAAAAUAUGAUGAACAAUGCAACAUUUGCAUGUUGGGAUGAUUUUGAUUUCUCGGACAAUGAAAACGAUUUGCCAGACUUACCAAGGAGAACAAUAUCUGAAGGAAGCAUACCGAGGGAUAAUUUCAACGAAAUUGUCAUUGGACAACGAUUGGCUUCAAUGACUCUAACUCCAUUGCAAAACCGGUCCAAGGCGUGUACAACAAAGAAGAAAAAAUCUGUAACAUGGAACGAUCGACAAUUGGCUGUGACAAAAUUAAUAAAUGAAGCAUCAGCUUUAAUUGACAUUUUCAAUGAGGUGUCGAUAAUGCUCGGACCGGAAAUGAAUUUAAGUAAACAUCCAACAAUCGAAGGCGAUCGAAUGAAUAUACCGAAAUCAAAAUGGGAUCCAAUUUUGAGUGAAUCAUGUAACAAUCUGGAAAAAACACUUACAAACUACCGACCAAGAGAACAUUUGAGCAGUGCUCAGUUGUUGGCAUUGUCAAAAUAAAUAACAACAACUUCUUUUAUUUUUAAUUCCCAAAGAGAACAUAAUUAUAAUUUGGUUUAUUGUAAAAAGAAAGAUCGUUUAGAACAAUAUGUGUAUAAAAUGGUGCAACAAUGUACAUUGUAGA